AUCGGCCGACAACGGCACCACGCCGCCACUUGGCGACCCUACGCAGUUUAUUUGGAUUGUCUAUUUGGCAAAUAAAAAUUAAAAAUGCGGAAAACACCGGACGCCGGCAUGGUCAAGUACUGUCGCUUAUGCGCCGUGCCCUCCUCGAUACUGGUGGACCUGUUCUCCAAAGAUAUCUCCAAUCCGCCGGUCUCCGAAAUGAUGAACUCGUUUUUAAAAGAGGAUUGCCGCGUAAAAAAGGAUGCACUGCCUCAAAAGGUUUGUCCCACAUGUUUGGUGGCCGCACAAAGCGCCUUCCAAUUCAAGGAGAAGUGCGAGCUGAGUUUCCAAUACUUCACACAAUUAACCGCGACUGGCAACAAGGAGGACCAGAAAGCGGAACUGGAGCCCGGAGAAAUUGCCUUCGAGAUGGUUGGAUGUGGGGAUCCCCUGAGCACCGAGGUUGUGCUGGAGUCUGGAGAGGACAGACUGGACGAUUCCGAAACAAAAGUGUGCCCCGUUGAGCUAGAAUGCUGCCUUGAAGGGGAGGAGGACACUUUGUUAUGUGAAAUCACCCCCAGUGAUCUGAAGGUAGACGUAAAACUGAAGGCUACGGGGGAAGAAUCGCAAAAUGGAAUAGACCAGCGAGAUGGAUGUCGAUCGGAUGAGGACAAUGAAGAGGAUGGUUUCUCCGAUGCCUGGGCCCCCGAGGAGACGUCAUCGAUAUCCAGCGAGGAGGUGGAGGAUGAUAUCAAGAUCGAGAUCCCACCGAACACCAAGGACGGUAAAUCUGCUUCUCUUCUAUGUCCCGAUUGCGGAGCCCAGUCCACAACACGAAGGGGUCUGGCCAAGCAUAUGCAGCGACACAAGAAUCAGGGCAAGAAUCCGGGGCUCCCGCAUUUGUGUGAUCUUUGCGGGACAGGGUUUAGGACAAAUGCCAAACUUGUCAUCCAUUAUCGCCGUCACACGGGCGAGCGACCCUUCAAAUGCGAGCUCUGCCCCAAAGCGUACACCCAUCGUCCCACCCUCAAGAUGCAUAUGCUCACCCAUGAUGCGGAUAAGGCUCAAAAUUGUCCGGAGUGCCAGAAGACUUUCUAUAAGGUUUCUGCUUUGCGAUCACAUAUGCUGUUGCACUCGGGAGACCGGCCCUUCAAAUGCCCCGACUGCCCGAUGGCUUUUAGCAAGAACGCCGGACUUAAGAUGCACAGCCGCCUGCAUACUGGGGAGCGACCGUACAAGUGCGAGAUCUGUGGCCAAGGAUUUAUUCAAAACCAACAUUUGGUCACCCAUUUGCGGGUCCACAACGAGGACCGUCCGUUCAAGUGCCCCGACUGCGAUAAGUCCUUCUUCGAGAAGUCCAACAUGAAGAAGCAUCAACGCACCCACUCCGGAGUUAAACCCUACAAAUGUGAAGAGUGUGGUCACGAAUUCUCGCACGCUCAUCAUCUUAAGAAUCAUAUGCGGGUCCACACCGGAGAGAAACCGUAUAAAUGCACUCAGUGUGAAAAAUCCUUUGCCGCUAGCCAGUCCCUGGUGAAGCACAUCCUUUGGCACGAGGGCAACCGCGUACGUGAGUUCAUGUGCCCGGAGUGCCCGAAAGGUUUCGACACAAAUCACGGCCUAAAAAGCCACCAAAAGACGCACAAAACGGCGCAACCAAAGCAGACAUACCAAUGCACGCACUGUGAAGUGAGGUUUGCUUUGAAAAAGACCUACGACAAACAUAUGUCCACUCAUAAGAUUCGACCACACCCGUGUCCGCACUGCCCGGAGGGAUUCUUCUCCCUGAAGAGCUACAAAAAGCACGUCAGAGUGCACAACCUGAAGAGGGGAACAUCUUAACGAUUUCUUAAACUAUAACGCAACUGUAUCUAUUAUUGUCAAGAUCUAAUAAUUACUUAAUUCAUAAGUUAAAAGUAAGAAAAAGUUCUUAACGCUCAUAUAGUUCGAAAUAUUUGAAAUGUUUUAUAAAUUUUAAUAUGAAUAAUUUUACCCAGAA